ACGUGGCCUGCUAUGAUUACCUCUAAUGUGAGCAGUUACAACCCGGGGCCUUUCCUUUUGGUGGGGAUCCCAGGCUUGGAGCAAUUCCACGUGUGGAUUGGCAUUCCCUUCUGUGUGAUCUACAUCAUAGCUGUGGUGGGAAACUGUAUCCUUCUCUAUCUCAUCACAGUGGAGCGGAGCCUUCAUGAGCCCAUGUUUUUUUUUCUGUCCAUGCUGGCAAUGACUGAUCUCAUCCUGUCUACAGAUGGUGUGCCUAAAACACUCAGCAUCUUCUGGAUGGGGGCUCGAGAAAUCACAUUCCCAGGCUGCCUCACGCAAAUGUUCUUCCUCCACUAUAGCUUUGUCCUGGACUCAGCCAUUCUAAUGGCCAUGGCAUUUGAUCGCUAUGUGGCCAUCUGUUCACCCUUGAGAUACGCUACCAUCUUGACCCCCAAGACUAUCGUCAAGAUUGCUGUGGGCAUCUCUUUCCGAAGCUUCUGUAUCAUCUUGCCAGUUGUAUUCUUGUUGACACGCUUACCUUUCUGUAGAACACGCAUCAUACCUCACACAUAUUGUGAGCACAUAGGUGUUGCUCGGCUUGCAUGUGCGGAUAUCUCCAUCAACAUCUGGUAUGGGUUUUGUGUCCCCAUCAUGACAGUCAUCUCAGAUGUGGUCCUCAUUGCUGUCUCCUACACUCUCAUCUUAUGUGCUGUUUUUCGCCUCCCCUCCAGAGAUGCACGCCAGAAAGCCCUGGGUACCUGCGGUUCCCAUGUCUGUGUCAUCCUCAUGUUUUACACACCUGCCUUUUUCUCCAUCCUCGCUCAUCGCUUUGGACACAAUGUCUCCCUCACAUUCCACAUCCUGUUUGCCAAUCUCUACAUUGUUAUUCCACCAGCAAUGAACCCUAUUGUCUACGGAGUGAAAACCAAGCAGAUCAGAGAAAAGGUCAUCCUUCUAUUCUCUGUCAAGAGCAUAGAAGGUUGA